AUGGUCCUCUACAAGCGGAAGCCGGUGACGAUGAUUCCGGCACCUGCCAAAAUCGACAACAACACCGAGGUCUGGGUCAUGCCCAAAUCAGGCGAAGUCUUUACAGACUAUGAAUCAUAUCUGUCUCGGUAUAAAAAGUUCACAGAUGCCGUCAAUGGCAAGUCCAACUUGACCUUCUUCGCCGCUGUCGAUUCAGAGAACAACAGCUCCAGUGACAUUGACAAGAUCUUUCCUAACGCUCUUCGCGACCCUAUCUUGAGAAAGGUUCAGUUCUCAGAUAUCUCACGCAUAGAUGAGUUGGUGUCUUUCGUCUUUGAGGAAUUCCGCAGCGAGUUUUUCCCCGGUGAGGAAGUGAGCGUCUCUCUCGACAAUGGCGACCAAUUCGAAGGCGUAAUUCGCGAAAAGGCCAAGUUCCCGCAACUGCUCAACCCCGACGGCUCUAUCCAGCGCGCCGCCUUCUCUCGUUACUUUGUCAAGCUCAAUGAUGAACGUGGCGAAGAAGCCCUUCUGGACGACAAGCACAUCAAGAGAAACCGCAAACUCUUCACCAAACAAAACCUAAGGUCUUUCUUAAAGAGCUCGAUACAACGUGACAUGUUCACUGGUGCACCGUGGCUUGUUAAGGAGCAUCUCGCCAGGCAAUACAGGCUACCCAUGGAGAUUCCUCCUCAUCUCGCUCAACGCAUGCAAGCAUCACCUCAGCCUGGCAUGCCUCGCCAACCACAAGGCACUUCGAUCUUCAACAAAGUUAAUGGUCGUAAAGGAAAGAAUCUCACAAUUGGAGACUUCGAGCAAGACGGUUCGCUACAGGGAUAUACUACUCCACCUCUCAAUGGCUCCAAGUUUCCUGGCUAUUCAGCAGCUCCGAUCAAGACAGAGCCUCAGAAGCCUGCUCCUGUACCCAUCAAAUACCCUAUCGAAGAUCUGGAUGUUCCUGCGAGGAAGAAUGAGCUUGUCCGUCCUCAAUUGAAGUUCAUCACGCAGCAGAACCCGGCCGAGGGUGAAAUCCGUAUGGAGUAUGUCGGUCCAUUACUGGAAAUCUGGAACACACUGAAUGUGCACUCUGAAGUACUUAUUCUGGAUGCAUUCACAUUCGACGAUUUCCUGGAAGCAAUCAAGUUCACUUCCGAUGAGGUUACAUGCGAGCUGCUUGAAGAAGCACACUGCGCAGUGCUCAAGACAAUUGUCAACGAGGAGGGCACACUUCAAGUUACUCUACCGGAUAUGAUUGAAGAGGAUUCAUCUGAUGAAGAAAUGGACGAGAGUGAGCCGGCCACUCCUAUUCUGGAUGCACCUGCGCAUGCAACUAGAAGUCGCAUGAGUAACAUCAGCAACAUCGCAGCUGAAGAGACCAACGGAAGAUCCAGCAGAACUCCCGCCGAAGGUCGUCACCGCCCGCAUCGUGUUCCCGAACUACUGGCAAGCUAUGGUUGGGUCGAACGUCUCAAGGCUCGCGAUUUUGCUAAUGGAGGCUGGCAAACAAUUAUGGCAGGUUUGCUUCAUCAACUGUCAUUGAACCCUCGUCAGAAGUCAGAAUGCGACAAGGUAUUGUCCAAACUUGUGCCAUUGGACGAAGACCCGAGCCCUGAGAGUGUUCGAAUCAACUACAUUCGCCUGGACAUUAACCUUCGUAUCUCAGCAUUGCAACUCAUCACUUUGCUUUGUGUUAGCACAAAGACCGUCAGAGGAUAUCUUGAAGAGAUGAGCGAGGAACAGACCAAGAUUCGCAAGGAAAAGCUUGAGCAUCAGAAGGCAAAGAAAGAGAGCGUCGCGAAAUUGGGCGACCUCGAAACCCAGAAGAAAAUCUUGCUUCCGGACAAUCUCCCUGAUUCACCCAAGGAGGAACAAACUGAUCCCAUGGACAUUAGUAUGAGCCAUGUUGAUGAUACUGUGGACACAGUCGAUCUCGCCACCUCUGAUGCUGAAGAAGAAGGUGGUCGUUCUCUCCGACGGGGUAACGAGAGAAAGCGCAAGCGCGACGAAGAUGCCGCUAGACGCGAAAAGCAGCGCGAGGAGAAGAAGGCAAAGACCAACCCCAAGCAGUCCAAGGAGUUCACCAAAUUGCUGAAGGAUAUCGACAAACUUAAGACAGAGAUCUCGAAGCGCGAGAAGGAGAUCGCAGUCUGUGAUGAACAACUCCGCGAGGCUAAUUGUCAGCGUACCAAGGUCCUUGGAAGGGACAGAUUCUGGAAUCGCUACUACUGGUUCGAACGCAAUGGUAUGCCUGUCACAGGACUUACCGAUGGCAGCACUGGUAGUUAUGGUUAUGCCAAUGCGCGUAUCUGGGUUCAAGGACCUGAUGAGAUGGAGCGCUUGGGCUUCAUUGACUUGCCUGAAGAUCUGCAACGCACCUACAUACAAGAUCACGGCCUGUCGGUCCCUGACCGCAAGGCUAAAGACGAAGGUGCUACGAGCCUGCGGACCGCCAAUGAAUGGGGCUACUACGACGAUCCGGAAACAAUUGCCUUGCUGCUGAACUGGUUCGACGAUCGUGGUGUUAGAGAGAAGGCACUGCGCAAGGAGAUGGGCCUUUGGCAGGAACCCAUCACUGGUCAGAUGCGCACUUUGAAGACGCAUCUUGACAGUAUCAACCAGGAGGACGCAGAUGACGAGCCCGUCACGCGUGUGUCGACCAGGAAGAAGACGUACGUCGAUAUUGAAGCGUCCAGUCAACGUUGUCUUAGAUGGAGAAACUUGACAGCCAUUGACAAGAAUGGCCAUUUGCAUUCCGAACAGCCUAAGCCCAAGGAGAAGAAGGGCAAGAAAGAAGCCAAGGGGGUUGCCAAGGUCGUUGCAAAGGGCAAGCCUACCACCAGACAAGGAACUAAGUAUGGCAAAUAG